AUGUUAGAAAAAAAAAAUAAGCAAGAGAAAACUAACAAUAAUUAUAAAGUAAAAUAUUCAGGAAAAUUAUAUACUAACAAUUUAAAUAUGAAAAACCAUAAUUUCAAUGAAAAUAAUCAAAAUGAUUUUACAACAGCAGAAGCAGCGUGGAUAGAAAAAAAGCAAAAAUUAUAUAAAGAUGCAAAUAAUCAACCAUUAUGGCAUUUUAGAAAAAUUCAAAUAAACCCAACAGAUACAGAUGAAUUAAUUAGCUUUCCUUCAAAUAAAAUAUCAUCCAAUAGAUAUGGAACAUAUUCCUUUAUUUUUAAGAGUUUAUAUGAACAACUGUUACGUUUACCUAAUAUAUGGUUUUUAUUAAUAUCUAUAUUAGAAUUCAUACCUGCUUAUCAAAGUUUGACUAAUUAUACGUAUUAUUCUAAACACUCAUCUAUAUUUUUAUUAAUAUUCUUUAUGUGCAUAUCUAUUAUAAAAAAUAUAUAUGAAGAUUCAAGAAGAUCUAAUAUAGAUUAUCAAAUAAAUAAUAGACUUUGUCAUAUUAUUGAUGGUCAUAAUUCUCAAUUAAAAGCAGUCCGAUGGAUGGAUUUAACUGUUGGUAAUAUAGUUCGAUUAAUAGAAAAUGAAGAAGUUCCUGCAGACAUUAUUUUAUUAAGUUGUAAUAAUUCUGAUGGAUUAGUUUAUAUUGAAACUUCUCUACUAAAUGGUGAAACCAAUUUAAAUAAAAAAUAUUGUGUUAAUGAAACUAGAAAUGAAACAUCUAUAUAUGGUGUUUGCAAUAUAAAAGGUAGAAUAGUAUGCGAAAAGCCUGAUAGUAAUAUGGAAUCAUUUAACGGAUCAUUAAAGUUAGAUGCUCAUCCCCGUGCUACCUCUUUAUCAAUUAACAAUGUUGUUUUUAAAGGUUCUCAUAUUAAAAAUACAGACUAUAUUUUUGGUGUUAUUAUAUAUACAGGGGUUGAUACUAAAAUUAUAAAAAAUAUUUUAAAAAAUUCUUACAAAUCAGGAUAUGUUAACAAAGAAUUGAAUAUAUAUACUAUUAUUGCUAUAUUUUUUACAUUAAUUUGUGUUUUCAUUUCAGUAUUAUGUAAAUGGACAGAAGAUGAUAAAUUUAAAAACGGUUCUCACUUUUUUUUAAUAACUGUAAAAGAUAAUUUAUUUGAAUCAAUUGUAAAAUAUAUACUAUUAUAUUCAAAUACCAUUCCUAUUAGUAUUUUGAUUACUAUAGAUCUAAUUUCUAUCUUACAAAGUUUAUUAAUAGAAAAUGAUAACCGUAUUAGUACAUUUGAAAAUGAAUCAUCAGAACCGUCUAUCACUGAUGAAAAUGAAGAAGUUGCCGAUUUAAGAAUGAAAAAAUCAUAUAAUUUUUUUAGAAAAUAUACACUCUUUUUAAACAAUUUUAGUAAAAAUUUUCCUAAAAAUAAGCACUCUUCUACUAAUACAGAAACAAAUUCUGAUAAAAGAAAAAGUUUCAUAAGUAAUUUCGAUAAAUUAAAAACAAUUAAAAAUUAUUUUCUUAAUGAAAAAAAUCAUAAAUUCUCCAAAUUACAAACAAAUACUAUUUAUAAUAAGAGUUCUGUUGAAGAAGGUGAUUAUUCUGCAAAAAGUAAAAAAAAUAGUCUUUUAGAUAAUAUAAGAAGUAUUUUUAAAAAAGAAAAUGCACAAAUGAAUUCCAAUUUAAAUGGAAAUAUUAAUACAUAUAAUAAAGAAAAAUAUAACAUAGAUUCUACAAGAAAUUUAUCUAUGCAUAACAUUUAUUGUAAUGAAUCUGUUAAGAAUGAUGUGUGUGUUAAAGAAUAUGAAGAAAAAAAAGGUAUAAAAGAAAAUGAUAAGGUUAUAAAAGAAAAAGAAGAAGAUAAAACUAGGAAAAUAACAUAUAAUACAAAUAAGAAUAAUAAUAAAAUUAUUCUCAAAAAUAAUAAAGACUUACAUAAAAAAAAAAAAAAUAUAUUUAAUAUAAUUUUUCCAUUUUUAAAAAAUAAAAAAAAUGUAGAUGUUACAGUUGAUAAUGUAAAUCGAUUUGAAAGGAAAAAAGGAAUGAAAAAAUAUGAUGCAGAUAAAGGAAAAUAUGUAAUAAAUGAUGAUGAUUGUGGGUGGGGACUUUGCUUAAAUUCCAAUAUGCAUGGAGAUUUGGGAAAUGUUGAUUUUAUAUUUACUGAUAAAACAGGUACAUUAACAAAUAAUGAUAUGUCUUUUAAUAUGUGUUCUAUAGGAGGAAAAACAUAUGGAAAUAAAGUUAAAAAAAUAAAAAGUUAUAAAAAUAAAAUUUCUAAAUAUAAUAAGAAACAUUAUUAUGAUAAUAAUGCUGAUAAGAAAAAAAAUUCAGAAGAUCCAUCUUCAAAAAAAAUAUCAUUUGCUACACAAGAUAGCAAUAAGCAUUAUUUGGGAACUCAUGAAAUAAAUGAAAAACGGCAAGUAAAAGAAGAUGAUAAAAAUGAAUUUAUUACAGAUAAACAUGAGAACGAAUAUAAUAAAGUAAAUGUUAAAAAUAUUAAUGAUCUUAAUGAAGAAAAUCAAAUUAAAGAAGUCAAUUAUGAAAAAAUUAAUAAUAAUGAUUCCAACAAAGAGAACAUUAAUGAUAAUAAUAAAAAUACUCUUAGUUAUAAAUCAAGUUCUUCAUGGAAUUACAAAAAUAAAAAAUUUGGUUAUAAAAAUUGUAAUACAUUUAAUAGAUAUCCAUCUUCACAAAAUUCUUUAACUAUGUCCUCGUCUUUAUCAUCAACGGAUUCUUCCUCAUCAGAUGAUUUUAAUUCAUCUUAUUUUUAUUCAUCUUCUAAUUUUGACAACCUUGAAAUAAAUAAUGAUAUGAACAGUAAUAAAACAUUUUCUGAGAAUACAGAAAAAAACUAUUAUGUUAAUUUGAAUAACGUAAAAAAUGAAAAAAAAUGGGAAAAAAAGGUUGACAUUAAAUAUGAAAAUGCGGAAGAAUCAAAUAAUGAUUUCUAUUUUUUUGAUAAAAAUUAUCAAAACUACAUAAUGCAACAAAAGUUUGUGAGACCUAAAAAUUUUAGGAUAAAUAUGAACUCAGAUUCAAUAAAAUCUCGAUGUGAUUUUAAUGACAAAAGAAUAUAUGAUGAUUUAAACUCAGAUAAUUGGAGAAGUUAUUAUAUAGACGAAUUUUUUAAAUGCAUAACUUUAUGCCAUGCAGUUACACCGUUUAUUCAAUUUGAUUAUAUAAGGAAUAAACACUCAAUGCAUUUUCCUUCAAGAAGUUCUAAGGGUAUUUCUCAUAAUAUGGAAAGGAAUAGCAGUCCAAAGCAUUUUUCUAGUGACUUAAUUAGAAACAAAGAUGACAUAAAUUUUCAUAAGUCAAAUGAAUAUAUUUUUAAUCAAGGUAUCAAAACAAACAAAAAAAAAAAUUUUUUUGAAAAGGUUGAUAACUAUGAAAAUGAACUAAAAAUGAAAACAAAUGAAAAUAAAAAAAAUACAUAUUAUUACAGUUCUAUGAUUAAUCUAAAAAAUAAAAACAACAAAAGAAUUAAAAUGAAGUCAAAAUUUUUUGAUAAAAAUUAUAGAAGAAAAAAAAAAAGUUCUAUAUCUUGUAAAAGUUCAGACAUUUGUAGAUCAAUAGAAAAAAAAGACAUAAAUGGAUUGCAAAAAUACGUAAAUACUAAAGAAAAUAAAAAUAUAAUAUCAAAGAUGAACAAUGAAAAAAUAGAAACUUUGCAUUCAACAAAAAGACAUAGUGCAGUAUCCUUUAAACAAAUAUCUAAAGAAAAACCAUCAAUUUUUAAUAGUUUUACAUCCACUAAAAACAGUGGGAAAAGGUACAAAAGCAAAUCGCGUCAAGUAAAUGAAAAAAAUUAUUAUAAUAUAUCUUCUAUAAGUGAACAAAGCAACAUGGAAUGUGAAGAAAAAUCUCAAAAAAAAAUAGGAAAAAAUUAUGGAAAUUCUGAUUAUGAAUCAGAAAAAAACAAAGAUAUUAAAAAUAUGGAUAAUAAUGUAGCAGAGUCUAAUGCAUAUUUAGAUGCCAUAAAAUAUCAGUCAAGUUCUUUAGAUGAAGAAUGUUUAAUAUAUACUUCUAGUUAUUUAGGAUACAGGUUGGUAUUAAGAAACAAAAAUACAAUGUGUAUAGAAAUUGAUGGGAACUUUUACAAAUGGACCAUUAUUGGAAUUAAUGAAUUCACUAAUAGAAGAGGAAGAAUGUCAGUUGUUGUAAAGCCAGAACAUAUGACUACAGGAUCUAUCUUAUAUGUAAAAGGUUCUGAUGCAUCUAUUUUAUCUUUAUUAAAUUUAAAAUAUAGUAGAUUUUUAGAAAAAAGAAAAAAUAAAAAAAAGAAAAGGGAAAAUAAAAUUAAGCUAAAAAACAAAAGUCCUAGAAUAGAAGAAUCAGAAAAAAAUAAAUAUUCAAGCCUUAAAAAUAUAAAAAACUUUUCCUUAAAAUCCCGAAUGAAUGAAAAUAAGGAGUAUGAUAAUCAAAAAAUAGAAUAUAACUAUUCAGAUGAAUUUGAGGUCAAAAAGGAUUAUUGUGAUAUAACGAAUAAUAUAGAAAAAGAUUCGUAUACAAAAACAGAACAUUAUAAAAUUAAGGAAAGAUAUAGAGAAUUGGAAAAGCAAUUAAGAAGGUUUUCUGUGCAGGGAUUAAGAUCGAUGGUAUUUGCAUUUAAAUAUUUAAAUGAAGAAGAAACUACUAAAUAUAAGAGAAUGUAUGAUGAUGCCUGUUUAUCUAUAUAUAAUAGAGAGCAAAGAUUAGAAAAUGUUGCUGAAGAAGUAGAGAAGGAUUUAAUUUAUUUAGGAAUAACAGGAGUGAAAGAUAGAUUACAAAAGAAAGUAACUAAAACAGUAGAAAUACUAAAUCAGUCUGGUAUUAGAAUAUGGAUGCUAACAGGUGAUAAUGUGGAAUAUUCUUUACAUAUUGCAUUUCUAUGCAAGUUUCUAAAUCCACAUACAAAAAUAUUUCAUGCUAUAUUAGAUAAUAGUAACAGCAAAAAAUUAAAAAAAGAAGGAAUGGCAUUAUAUGAAUUAUUUCACAUGGAAAAAGAAGAAAAAAAACCUUAUGAAAAUUUAUGUUUAUUAAUAACUGGGAAAAAUUUGCAAACUUUUUUAAAUCACACUGACUUACAAACUCAUUUUCUAAAUAUGGCAUGUAGUUCUGAUGUAGUUAUAGCUUCCCGAAUAACAGCGAAACAAAAGGCAUUUAUAGUUCGCUUAAUAAAAAAUCGAUUAUAUCCAACACCAAAUACAUUAGCUAUAGGAGAUGGAGCAAAUGAUAUUGCUAUGAUUCAAGAAGCUAAUAUAGGGGUAAGUAUAAUGACUUCUGAAUGCAUUAUAUCAGCAGGAUAUUCAGACUAUUGCAUAAAGAAGUUUUGCUACUUAAGAAAAUUACUAUUUAUAUAUGGUUCUAAACAUUUAUAUACUAUAAGUAUUAUUUUAUAUUGGAAUUUUUUUAAAAAUAUAACUGUCGUCUUACCUAUUUUUUUUUAUCAAGCUUAUGCCUCCUGGAGCUGUAUACAGAUAUAUCCCGAUUUGCUAUAUACAUUUUUUAAUAUAUUUUGGAUAUUUGUACCAAUUAUAUAUUAUAUUUUUUUACAACAUAAUUUAAAUUAUGAUAUAUUGUAUAAUAUUCCUUUAUUUUAUGCAUUAAGUAGAAGAAAAUAUAAUAUGAAUAGCCUAAAAUUUUUACCAUGGAUAAUUGAAGGCAUAUUUUAUUCUAUGAUUGUGUUUUUUUUUGCUCAUGCAGCACUUAAAGAAAAUUCUCAUUUAAAUAAUGGAGAAGUUAUUACAAUAAAUACAUUUGGUACUGUUUGUUUUUUGGGGAGUUUAUUGAUUUCUAUUCUUCGUCUUUUUUUAGAAGGGUCUUUGUGGUCACCUUCUAUCGUUAUUACUUUAUUUGGUGUUUUUCUUUUUGUUUUUUUCCCAUCAAUAAUUUUUAUUUUCUUUGCUUAUGUUUCUAAUGAAUAUAUUAGGGAAAUAUUUAGACAAACUUUUCUGUGGGGACCUUUAUAUGUUCUUUUAAUUCUUUGGUUUACUACUUGCAUUAUUUCUUAUAUUUUUAUCAAUUUUAUGAAGGCUGUAUUUUUUCCUAAUAUUUAUAAUGUUGUUAAUCAUUGGCUAUAUGAGCAAUAUCAAGAAAAGCAUAAUAAAUAUAAAUAUGUUUUUUUCCCAUCAGGUAAGAAUAAAUUUUUAAAAAAAUUAGGUAAAAAAUUUAAGUGUAAAUUUAUAAGGAAAAGAAAUAAAAAAUACGAUCUUAAAAUUACAAAAAAACAUACUUCUUUAGAAAGUGCUUUUAAAAAAAAUACCAAAUACUAUAAAAAGGAUCAACAAUCUUUUAAAAGUGCGUCCUUUUCAAAAUGGUUUAAUCAAUCCAAAAAUUCCAAAAUUAGUGACUUAAAUAAAUCCAGUGUUGAUUUAGAUUAUAAAAAUGAUCUUGAUGAAGAACAAAAGCCUAAGGGAACAAAAUUUAUAUUAUCAGAACAGGCUUCUCAUUCUAUGGAAAAUUCGAUAUAUAUAAAAAAAAAAAAUAAUAAAGAAAAAACAAUAAAUAAGAAAAUUGUAUACAAAGAAGAAGAAAAAAAUUUAAAACAAGAAGAUAAAAAACAUUUAGAAAAAGGUCAUACAAUAGAAAAAGAAGAAAGAAAAAUCAAAGAAUAUACAAAAGAUGAAAAAAAAAGAGAUAUGAAAAAUAAAGAGAAAGAGAAAAAAAUUUCAAAAUAUGAAAAAGAAAAAAAUAAAGAUUUAAAAGAUGAGAGAGAUAAAGUAAAAGACAUAAGAGAAGAGAGAAUUAAAAAAAAAGAUAUAAAAAAUGAAGGAGAUAAAAAAAAAGACAUAAAAAAUGAAGAUCAUAUUAAAGAUACAAAGAAUGAAAGAGAAAAAAGAAAAGAUAUAACAAAUAAAAGAGAUAAAAGUAAAGAUGUAAAAAAUGAAAGAUAUAGAAGUAAAGAUAUAAAAAAUGAAAGUAAUAAAAGUAAAGGUGUGAAAGAUGAAGGACAUAUUAAAGAUACAAAAAAUGAAAGAGAUAAAAGUAAAGAUAUAAAAAUUGAAAGUAAUAAAAGUAAAGGUGUGAAACAUGAAGGACAUAUUAAAGAUACAAAAAAUGAAAGAGAUAAAAGUAAAGAUGUAAAAAACAUGAAAAAAAAUAAGAAAAAAGAAGAUAUUCGAAACAUAGAAGAAAAAAAAAGAGAUGAAAAUGAAGGAAGAUAUAUGACAGAAAAACUAAAAAGUGAAAAUAAAUUUAGUAAAAAAGAAUACUUGGAAAAGAAUGAAGAAGAAACUAACUGUGUUAAAUCUAGAAGAAGCCAAAAUAAUUUUGAUUCAUUAAAUAAAAAUAACACCUUUAAUAAAAAAUGUCUUAAUAAAAAUGAUGAAAAAAAAUAUCUUAAGAAUGAUAACAAAAGCCCAAUUAACAGUAACAUAACAGAAUACAAGAAUGACUUAAAAGAGAUGGACCAAAAUUUUAACGAAAGAGACUACUAUAUUAAUGAUUAUUUUAGUGACAUUUCUAAAAUUAAAGAUUUUAAAGAAUCUAAUUCAAGAAUCGAUGAAUCAUUAAUGAUUGAAAUGAAAAAUUGUUUAAAUCCAUUAAAAAAUACUUUUUUAGUAGAUUUAUUACCUCAAGGAAAAAGAUUUAGAAUUAAUGAAGAGCACAUAUUUUUUAAAAAUAAUGAACGAAUGGAAAAUAUACCAGAUGCAUUAGAUGUUAAUACAAGAAAUUAUCACAUCAUACAAAAUAGAGCUGAAUUUUAUGAUAAUGAAUCUCUUUCUGAAUUUUCUUAUACUAGUGCUGAAAGUUCAAAUAAUAAUAAAAAGAAAAAUGAAAAUACGCAAAAAGAAAUUGUUAAAGUUAGUCAUUUAAUUAAUAGAUUUACAUUAGCAUUUAAAGACAUGCAAUUAGAGUCUGGGUUUCAAAUACAUAAGAAGAAUAAAUUUUACAAAACCUUUAUACCUUGGUAUCGCUUCAUUUUUAUUUUAUUAGGAAUAUUUUUUUUAUAUGUAUGGAAAUUAGAAACAUCUUUAAGUGAAAUAUGGAAUAUAUCUUCUGAUGCAUCUACUGAUUUAUUUAUAUUAAUUUUAUCUUUAUUAUUAGAAGUAGUUUUAUUAGCUGCAACAGUUACAACUUUUUUCCCUAAUAUUUUUAUUGAAAACUUUAACAAAAUUAUUAGUGCAGUGGUUAUAUUAAUAAUAACUCAUCAUGUUGUAAGUUAUUCAAUAACUCACAUAGAUGGAGUUUUUCAAGCAGUGUUAUUUCCAUUAUAUACAUUUGUUAUAUUAAGAUUACCUUUUGUUAAUGCAGUUUUAUGCAAUAUUAUCUUUUUGAGUCUUUUCAUUAUUAGAUUUAAAGGAGAUCACUUUUUAGAUAAAAAAGGGUUAGCUCAUUAUAUUCCUUUGUUUAUAGGUGUUGACGUUUUUGUCGGUUUCGUAGGAUAUCGACUAGAAUAUAAUCAAAGAAAAAAUUUUUUAUUGGAAUAUUCAGUAGAAUCAUCUAGAAGAAAACAAAGAGAAAUAUUAAAUACUAUGCUUCCUCCUUUUGUUGUUGAUGAAAUGAUAUAUUCCGAAUUAAAUGAAGAAGGUAUACCUGUUUCAUUGAAAGCAGAAGAUAUGAACAUAGUUAGCAUUAUUUUUUGUGAUAUACAUGAUUUUCAAAAUAUAGUUGCAAGUAUUGAACCUACUAGGCUUGUAGAAGUAUUAGAUAGGUUGUUUUUAUGUUUUGAUAAAUGUACAGAACAAUUUAAUUGCACAAAAAUUGAAACAGUUUUCGAAACUUAUUUAGCUGCAUGUGGUUUAGUAAAAAAAGAAGAUGAUACUAAUAAAGAUGAUAAAGGUCAAGAAGAUGCUCAUGAUUCUAUUGAUUUUGCCUUGUCUAUUCUUCAGGUUAGUAGUCAUAUUAAGUAUGAAAAAACAAAACACAUGCUAAAAAAAAAUGAUUCUUAUGAGUAUAAUGAUACUAAAAAUCAAGACAAUAAUAAUGAUUCAAAAGAUAUAAAUAAAGGAAAAGGAUCAGAUAGUAGACCAACAAGAAUUAGGGUUAAAAUAGGUAUUCAUUCAGGAAGAAUUAUUGCUGGUGUUGUUGGUUCUAAAAAACCACAAUAUGCUCUUUUUGGUGAUACAGUUAAUACUGCUUCAAGAAUGAAAACCACAGGAAAACCAGAUUAUAUUCAUAUAUCAGAAGCAACAUAUAAUUUAGUUAAAGAUGAUAAGACGUUAAUUUAUGAAAAAAAAGAAACAGAAAUUAAAGGAAAAGGAACUAUGACUACCUAUUUGUUAACAUCUGUUAUAGGAUUAAGUUAUCCAUUUUGGGGAGAAAAUGUAGAAAAUAAAAGCCAAUUUUUAUCUGAUUUUUAUGUAAAUAAUGACUUAAGUAGCAAAAUAAAUUAUGACAAAACACAAAAUAUUUUAAGUUAUUAUUCCAAUAGAAAAAAUCAAAAUAAUGAUUAUAAUUUAAAUGAGACCAUUUAUAAUAAUGAUGUGAAUAGUUAUAAUGCUUCUAAUAAUGAUACAAAUAAUGGUUAUGUAAAUCUUAAAGAUUUAUCGCUGCAUGAUUUUCCCAAUGAAUACAUAAAAGAUGUUAAUACUCAUUACUAUGAAAUUAUAAAAUUAAGGAAUCUUAAAAUUGGUACAGCUGUUGGCUAUCAAUUAAAGCAAAAAGAUUUCUUUAAUAUGAGCUUUUUAAACUCUGGAAUAAAUAAUGAUUCUACAACAAACUUUAAUCAAUAUCUUGAAAGCACAAAAGGCUUUGAUGAGAUAAAAGAUUUAGAAGUUGGGAUAAAUAAAUUAUCAUUAAACGAUUCUAUUUAUUAUUUAAAUGAAAACUUAAUCAAAAAAGACAGUGAUAAUGAAAAAAAAAAAAGUCAAGAAGAAAUGGAGCAAAAUAAUAGGAAAAAUAUUAACAACCUUCUAUAUUUUAGCAAAGAAAUACAUGAUCAUAAUGAAGAAAAUUAUAAAAAUAUUCAUCUUUGUACUCGAAAAUGUAACAAUUGUAGUGAAAAUUAUUGUACUCCAAAUGAAUGUGCCAAUUAUGAUCAUGUAAAUCAUGUAAAGUAUCAUAAAAAGUUAAGUAAUAUAAGAAGGAAUUAUUUAAAAAAUAAAAGAAAGGAUGUUAAAAAAGAGGAGGAAGAAGAAGAAAAAAAUGAAAAUUUUAAGAAAAACAUAUUUAACUUUUCGAAAAUUUGUCUGUAUUUUUCAAAUAUAUGUGCCAUUUUAAAAAAUAAUAGAAAAGAAAGUGAUAAUUUAUAUAGAAGAGAAGAUCAAACAAAACCGAAAAGAUUAAUUGGCAUAAACAGUGAAUGGCUAUUUUUAAAAUUUAGUGACAAAAAUCUAGAGGCCAAAUAUAGAGCACAUUUUUAUAGUAACAAAUCAAAUAUAAAUACGAUUGAACAAGCACUUAUCAUUUUUUUAGUUACUUUUGUUAUGCAAACAUUAAUUUCAAGCACAGUUUCCAUAGUAUUUGUGGAUCAUAAAAGAACUACACAAACAUUGCAAAUUAAUUAUUUUGCAUAUUGGUCAGUAAGAUCCGUUUAUACUUUUUUUGGGUUCAUGCUAUGGUUGUUAUUUCAUUACAGAACUAGACCAGAAGUCUCUUCUUUAUUAAAUAUUAAAUGGAUGAUAUUUUUCUUAAAUUUAUUAUUUAUAUCUGCAGCAUGUGUUUUUUCUAUAGCAUAUUUAUGGGCCAUAUCAGAAGCAGAUCAAAUGUCUUCCUACACUAUAUGGAUGACAAACGAUACUAUUGAAUUUUUUUUUUAUUUAGUUAUAUUGCAUCAUAAUACUGGAAUGCUAUUUCAAACAUGUAUAUUAGUUGAUUUAUUAUUUAUUACUAUGUCAUUAACUUUUAUAGCAACAAGUGUUGUGACAACAAUAACAACUGAUUCAACAGUUCUAUUAAUACCUUGGUAUGUUGCAUUUAAUUUAAUAUCAACUUAUUGUAAGGAAUCAAUUGAUAGAAGAACCUUUUAUGCCAAUGAAAGCGCAAAAAGGACAGAAAGUAGGGCAACGGAACUUUUAAAUGAUAUGCUUCCUAAACAUGUAUUAGAAGAAUUUCAACAAGAUAAAUUAAAACUAGCUUAUACGCAUGAUAGACUAACAUUUCUAUUCGCUGAUAUUUGUGGUUUUACAUCAUGGGCAAAUGGUGUCGAUGCUUCCGAAGUUUUAACAUUGUUACAAAAAUUAUUUGCAAAAUUUGAUAACGAUAGUACAAAAUAUGGUUUAUAUAAAUUAUGUACAAUAGGUGAUGCAUAUGUAGCAAUAAGUGAACCAGUAACCGAAGAUAAUCAAGAUUAUGAUCCUGUUGAUGGCACUGAAAGAGUUUUAGAAAUGGCUUACUCAAUGAUAAGAAUUAUAAAAGAAAUUAGAGAAAAAUUAUAUAUUCCUAAUUUAAAUAUGAGAAUAGGUUUACAUUAUGGUUCAUGUGUAGGAGGUGUAAUUGGAUCUGGUCGUCUUAGAUAUGAUUUAUGGGGAAUUGAUGUAUUAACAGGUAAUCUUAUGGAAAGUAAUGGAAUACCUGGUAAAAUUAAUGUUUCGGAGACACUUAAAAAUUUUCUGAUACAACAAUUUAAAAAUAGAUUUACAUUUAAACCACAUACCACAAUUAGAGUUAUCUACAAAGAUGUUAAUUGCUUUAUUAUUAGUGAUAAAAAAGAAGUUGAUUCAUCUAAUAAUUCAAAAAUUUCACAUAAUAGAAAUUAUUUACUUAAUAAAAAGUUUAAAAGGCAUAACUUUUUAGGGGCUCACAAUUAUGAAAAUAAAAAACUUGGUGCUUUUACCAGAGCUCACAAUAUAAAUGCUUUAGAUAAUAAAAAAUCAUCUAACAGAGAUUUAUAUUAUAUAAACGUUGAUGAUAUGGAAUCUGAUUUAUAG